AUGCAAUUCAAUUAAAAUAAAACAAAAAAAAGAAGGGUUACUCCCAGUGAUAAACAUUAAUUGUCCACAUCACAGGAGAGAUGCUUAAUACCUAAAUACAUGACUUUGAAUAAUCAGAACAUUAACAAAUCAAAUAAAUAUUAAAUCUUAGAAUAGAUAGGAUAGGGUAGUUAUAGUACUAUAUUUAUUGUGGAGGACAAGUUGCAUGGUGGUUAUUAUGCAAUGAAGAAGGUACUUUAAGAUCCCAAAUAAAUAAAUAGAGAAUUGGAAAUACAUAUAAACAUGCGUCAUCCACAUAUUGCACCUUUACGUGAUCAUUACCAUACUUUUGAAAAUAGGGCCAAAUAUUUGCAUUUGAUUAUGGAUUUGUAUCAAGGGAAUUUGAAAAAUGCAAUUAGAGUUCCAAUAAAAAGAGUGGCAAAAUAAUUGUUUUAAGCAUUAGAAUAUUUGGAGUCAUAAAAUAUAAUGCAUAGAGAUCUUAAACCAGCAAACAUUUUGUAUUAAAGUGGAAACAUUUAUCUAGCUGAUUUUGGAAGUGCAAAAAAAAUGGAUGGAUCUAAGAGUUUGAGUUAUGUAUGUUCAAGAGCCUAUAGGGCACCAGAAUUACUAUUUGGUUAAAUAUUUUAUAAUACCAAAAUUGAUAUAUGGGCAGCUGGUUGUAUCCUGGCUGAAUUGGAAUUGGGUAAACAGUUGUUUUUUGGUCAGAAUACAGUUGAUUAGAUUGUAGAGAUAUGUAAAUUUUUGGGUACUCCUAAUGAAUUAGAAAAGGCUGAGUUGGGAUGUUAAUUCUAUAUUCCCAAUUUAUAGGCUAAGAAACUAAGUAUGAUAUUUAUUUAUAUUGUUUUGAAUUAGAAAACUGAUCCCUUAUUAAUUGAUUUAUUGUCUAAGAUCUUUGUUUUUAGUCCAUCAAAAAGAAUCAAUUGCAGUGAAGCCUUAAGACAUCC